AAAAAAAAAAAAUGAUCUCGUCUGAACGACAAAAUGAGAUAUUUUUAAACGACGGCGAGAUAUGCUUCGUCAUAUACUCUGCAAAAAGUUCUCUUAUUCUCAUCAAGAAUCUCAAAUUCACAAUUAUCCAAAUAAAAAACACGCGCGCGCACGCAUAUGUAUGCACGCUCAUAUAUACACUUUCAUUGAAGCUUGAAUCGAAUUGAGCUAAAAUGGGAACCCUAUCCAGCUUGAGUCUCAGCUUAGCCGCUCCAAAUUGGGGCGGUUUGGGUGUCAAAUUUCAGAAUAGCAACAGCAGCAAAUGUUUCCUGUGCGGAGAUUUUUUGUUGAGGAGGAGACGGCGGCUGGUCUCGGAAGGCGGCUCAGGGAGGUUUAAUCCCACAAUCAGGUCGUGUUACAAUGGCGGAAACAAUCGGAACGAUGGUAGACGUAGUAAUGGUGUUGAGCGAGAGAGUACAGAGAAUUCAAAUUUAGCUACUGUGGCGCCAGCGGAGAAAAAAUCCGUUGAUAAUGGCGAUGAGCCGUCGGUUUCUGUGUCUUCGCGUCCGCAAACAAUUUCAUCAGUUGGACCUGCUUACAGUAAUUUCCAAUUAGACUCUUUUAAAUUAAUGGAGCUGCUGGGCCCGGAAAGAGUUGAUCCAGCUGACAUAAAGGUUAUCAAGGAAAAGCUAUUUGGCUACUCGAGCUUUUGGGUAACUCGAGAAGAGCCGUUUGGUGAUUUAGGGGAAGGCAUUCUUUUUCUCGGCAACCUUCGGGGAAAGAGGGAAGAUGUUUUCAUGAAACUUCAGAGCCAACUAACAGAAGUAAUGGGGGACAAAUACAACCUAUUUAUGGUGGAGGAGCCUAAUUCCGAAGGGGAAGACCCACGUGGUGGGCCCCGGGUCAGCUUUGGCUUGCUGCGGAAGGAGGUUUCAGAACCAGGUCAAACAACACUUUGGCAGUAUGCGAUUGCCUUUCUGUUGUUCCUUCUCACCGUUGGUUCGUCAGUUGAGCUCGGAAUAGCAUCUCAGAUUAAUAGACUUCCUCCAGAGGUGGUCAAAUAUUUCACAGACCCUAACGCUAUUGAACCCCCGGACAUGCAGCUCCUGUUUCCAUUUGUGGAUGCUGCUUUGCCUCUGGCUUAUGCCGUAUUGGGUGUUCAACUGUUUCAUAUAAAAGGUGGUCUCACCUAUAGGAUUUUCAUGCCACGCCAGUUUCAGAAAUCAAUAGCCACGGAAGUUGGGCAUCUUUUGGCUGCUUUUCCACGGAAAGUGAAACUAAGUAUUCCUUUUUUCAUUCCAAACAUUACCCUGGGGAGUUUUGGAGCAAUCACUCAGUUCAAAUCAAUCCUUCUUGAUCGGAAAGCCCUAGUAGAUAUUUCGUUAGCUGGACCAUUUGCAGGCGCUGCACUGUCUUUCUCUAUGUUCACUGUUGGCCUGCUGCUCUCAUCAAACCCAUCUGUGGCAGGAGAAUUGAUUCAGGUCCCAAGCAUGCUUUUUCAAGGUUCUUUGCUUCUCGGUCUUAUCAGCAGAGCUUUUUUGGGUUAUGCGACUUUGCAUGCAUCUACUGUUUCAAUCCAUCCUCUGGUGAUUGCUGGCUGGUGUGGAUUGACAUCCUCAGCUUUUAAUAUGCUACCCGUGGGAUGUCUCGAUGGUGGAAGGGCCAUGCAGGGGGCUUUUGGGAAAACUGCACUAAUAUUUUCUGGUUUGGCGACAUACAGCCUGCUUGGUUUAGGAGUGAUCUCAUUUUCUUUCCUCCAUCAGCUAGGUGGACCCUUGUCACUUCCUUGGGGACUAUAUGUGCUGAUAUGUCAGAGAGCUCCCGAGAAACCAUGCCUGAACGAUGUGACAGAAGUUGGGGCUUGGAGAAAAGCAGUUUUUGUGGCGGCAACUGUACUUGUAGUGAUGACUCUCCUUCCGGUGUGGGAUGAGCUGGCAGAAGAGUUGGGUAUAGGGCUCGUAGCCUCGUUUUGAUUAUGCCAUUUGAGCCCAAAGGCCUUCUUUUUU